UGGAAUCCUUGGAAGCGCAAGGAUGCUUCAGUUGAGAUUAGGUUGGAUUGCAUCCAAUGUCACCCACUACCGUUACCGCUGCCUCUGUCUCUGGCUGAUACUGGACUGUACCUGUACUGUCAUGUACAGUACAUGACUUACGAACUGGCCAUGGCUGAGCAGUUUCAUCUCCCGUCUGCCCACCUCUAUUCUUAUCCUUAUCCUUAACCUUCCUUCUCCUUCUAGAUACCUUUCUACCCUUUGUCUUGACAAGACAUACAUCACUUUCCCAAGCUCCAUCUGAAAUCCUAUAUCAAACACCAUGCCUGGAAUUCCUCUGCACGCCCUUGACAACCUCAAGGCCAAGCUCAAGGCCGCCUUCAAGAAGAAGGAUAACAAGGAGGAAGCCAAACCCGCCGACCCCAAGCCUACCGAGACAAAGCCUGCCGAUACCACAGCUGCCACCGAGCCUACCAAGGCCGAGGCUGCUCCUCCUGCUCCCGCCACUGAGCCAGCUCCUGCAGCUGAACCCGCAGCCCCUGCUGCCGAACCAGCUAAGGAGGAGGCCAAACCCGCAACUGAGGUCAAGCCUGAGGCUCCCGCUGCUGCUGCUGAGCCAGCCAAGACCGAGGAGCCAGUUGCUGCUCCUGCAACUGAACCCGCCAAGCCCGACGCUGCUCCGGCCACCGAAGCUCCCGCUCCCGCUCCCGAGCCUGCCAAGACCGAGCCCGCCCCGGCUGCUGCCCCUGCUGCCGCAACUGCUCCUGUCGCCGAGACUCCAGCUCCCGCCCCCGCUGCUCCUGAGACUACACCUGCUGCUCCCGCUGAGGCUCCUAAGGAGGAAGACAAGAAGGAUACUCCUCCCGCUCCCGCUCCUGCCCCUGUGGCCUCUGCUUAAGUGCGACUCGAACAAGGUUCCCUUCUCUCGAGGUAAGAUCUCGAUGAGAACACCUUGAUCGAUUAGAGUACCAAGAAUGUGCAUUCGUGAUUGUCUUAGAGGCAUGAGUCUUUUAGUUGCAUGACAGGUUCGCUGUCCAUGUCUGUUAGCUUUUCUCCUAGCAGUUGGCUGGAUACCCAGAGAGAAAAGUGUCGCGAUGCUUUGUUUUAAAUAUAUACCCGCUUUCUAUAUCCUAGAUACUUCCCUCGCUCCAAUUUCAGAUUGUGCUUUUAUAGGAUUAGACUGCAAUUUGAGGGGAUUGUGAUGAGAUAUCAGAUGUUUUCCACAGUCUAAACUCAUGAUCGUAUGAGAUGCAUGGUUGGAAUCUCAUGGAAUUCUAUAGGAUCGAAUGCGCAAAUCAAUAUCUAUGUCCAAUCCUUGACUCCCUAAUAUGCUAAAAUCUCCAGAUGCUGGUAUAUGUAUCCCCUAUGAAUCUCUAGCCCACGGUGCUUUGGUAACAGUGAUUUGUGCACUCGUAGAUUCACUCGUAGGCGCAGCGCCUCGAGGUGGUCUAGCAAGUGACCCUGAACUGGGUCCUGGUGGUGGCAUCCGAGUAUAGGGAAUGCCAGCUACUGGUGGAACUGGCAUUCUGGCAGCUUGAGCCCAUGGUGCAGCUGUUCCGGGCCCUGAAGGUACUGGGCCUGCUGUGGCUGGCUGGUUCGCCAUAUGGACGCUUUGUGUCGGAGUUGCAGCAUCUGGAUCAACAUCCCAAGAGAAGAGGGAACCGAAUGGGAAGUGCUGGACAACGGGGAACUUUGACAGCACUUCAGCGUUGAACAUCUUGAUCAUACCCUUGUUGAUCUUGCCCCAGCCGUCUCGAAUACCGGAGAUAUCAAAGAGAAUAGGACUGUGUUCCCAAAAUGGGCCCUUCUUAACAUCGUUGAUGAAGCCAAUGGCAGAAAAGUACAUGUUGACCUGUCGCUGGUCCUCCACAACAGCGGCUUUGGUAACGUCGCUAGGCUUCGGCGCACCUUUGACAGAUCCCUCCAAAGGCAUCGGCUCGUCAUCGUUUAUGGGUCGUGUAAGUUGCGCGGAGCCGAAUACGUAUGGCAUGAAGGAAUGAUCGUCGAGGCCCCAGACGCCGUGGGAACCAGCGGGUUCGAGAGUGUAGGUUAGGAUGAGUUUUCUCACCACGUUGAGAUAUCUAACAGUGUUAGCGGUAUCCAUCCAGCAUAUGUGAAGGUAACCUACGGCUCGAUAACCUUGAGGACGAUCUCGCGCUCGAUCUCGCCUCCUUGCUGUCCAUCCUUGAAGUAACCCAGCUUCCAUAGACACCCAAGAAACGCUAUAAAGCUGAGCUCAUGCCCAGUUCCAUAGUCUAAUCUUUGAACGCUGCCGAAACCACCAAGUAGGUAGCUAGAGACUUCCACUUUCGCCUUUCCAUCGCCAAUCUUGAGUGUUUCACCUAGAAGCCCUUCUCCCAACAGCUCGUCCAAAUGCUCCUCAAAGAUAGCAUACCACUUUCGAAAGCUGACAUUUCCAAAUCGUCGAGGACCGGGGUCAGGCGGUGCUUGGUCGAUGAAGUUCUCGACCUUUGCCAAAAGGUUCUGUAGAGCUUGGACGGACGGCGACGUCGGCGGUUUCGAAUUGAGGGGAAAGGUGCGGGGGAGGGGUGACGGUGUUUGGUUUCGAGGACAUAAGGCGUGGUUAAGCUGGAGGAUGAAGAUUCCGAUAUCGCGGUAGGCGAGGCUGGUGAGGAAGCGUGCGACGUCGGAGCCUUCGUUGAUGCGCUUCGAGGGCUUGGUGAAUGCUGGUGGGGAGCUGAGGUCCAAGAUCUCGAGAGUCUGGUGUUUUGGAGGGGUUGCGGACGUCAUGUUGACGGCGGCUCAAAUCCUUGGGUACAGCGCUGAGGAUUUCUUGACUAUAAAACAAAAAUGGAGUGUUGUUUGGGAGGAUCGGGGGAGUUUUACGGUGCAAGAAUAAUAAGUGGGCGUUGG